GAAACACAAGGCAAUGGAGAAGCAAGCGCGAUCCAUGGCGGCCUCCAUUCUCCUCGUGCUCCUCUCCCUAUCCUUAACCGCCCCUUCGGCGCGCUGCCAGACGGUGGCGACGGCGCCCGCACCAGCCGCGGCCCCGGCGAAGUCAAUCAGGGCGGUGCUGACCAAGGCUGGGCAGUUCACCAAGUUCCUCCAGCUGCUCAAGUCCACGCAGGAGGAGGAUCAGAUCGACUCCCAGCUCAAGGGCAAGUCCUCCUCCGGCGGCUUCACCGUCUUCGCGCCGACGGACAACGCCUUCACCUCGCUCAAGUCCGGCUCCCUGAACGCGCUCUCCGACCAAGAGAAGACGUCGCUGGUGCAGUUCCACGUGCUCUCGCAGCUGCUCCCCAUGGCGCAGUUCGACACGGUGAGCAACCCGCUGCGCACGCAGGCCGGCGACACCGGCAGGGGCAAGUACCCGCUCAACGUCACGGCUGACGGAGCCGGGAGGGUGAACAUCUCCACCGGCGUCGUCAACGCCACCGUCGACAGCACGCUCUUCACGGGCGACAGGCUGGUGGUGUACCAGGUGGACAAGGUUCUGCUGCCGUGGAAGCUCUACGGGCCGCCCGUGCCGCCUGCGCCCGCGCCGUCGCCGACGGUGGACAAGGACAAGAAGAAGGGAGGGCCGGUGGCAGUGGCCGACGGGCCGGAGGCUGAUUCCGCCACGGCGUCGGAGGCGGCGCCUCGCGGGAUGCGGGGUCUCGGCGUCGGUCUGUGCGGGGUGGCCGUCGCCGUGGCAGCCGCGUGGUGUGGCAUGUGACGAGAAAGUGUUGUGUUGCCACGUCAUGCACUUGAAGGUUGUUCUCUUCUCUCUUCUUCCUCGUGAGACGACAGUCGACAGGUUCUACAAAUGGUCAGUUGUUCUGGUGUGCUUUUUUUUCGUUUCGGUGUUGUUUUUGUACGAUUAAUGUAUAUUUUCUGAA